ACUAUAUUCGCACGAAAAAUCCAAUUAUAUAAUCAGAUGUCAUGACUCAUGGCUAUUCAGAGUUUGUUCUGUUUUGUUUCAAAGGAAGAUUGUUGUGUCGCCAAUGGCUUUCCGUCUCGUAGGACAAAUGGCUGCUUUGCUUGGAGCACCAACAACACAAAUCAGAAAACAAUUGGCUGCUGGUAGGGUUUUGCUCGGAGCACCAAGAACACAAAUGAGGUAUGCGGGCGGCGACGGUAGAUAUAUUGUUAUUGUUAGGGGUGCCAAACUGACGGGUCGGGUCGGAUAUGAGCGAGUCGAAAACGGGGGUUACUGCCAGCAAUUUUCUUCCGGUCAGGGAGGCGAUUUUCAUCCUGAGGUUCAAGCUUUCUAUAACGGGAUAGUCUUCGGUGGGCUUCCCACCUUGUUCUGGGCAAAUUGGCAAAUGUGGAAGAUCGAUCAGUCAAGUAACGAGGUUUAUACUGAGAGGUCUAUGGAGAUUGAAAAGAUCCUGAAGGAGCUCAGCUAAUGAUUGGUUUGGCGCUUACAAUGAUGUAUGACGCUAGCCUUGGGAUAUAGGCGUUUGUUAAUUGUUUUUAUGCAUACUUGGUUGUGGUCAUUACGGAGAUGCUUACAUCAUAUAUCCUACUAGUUAAAACUCAUUCAUCGUUGAUUGUGUGAUGUCCUUUUUGAAAGGUAUACUAUACACUGUCACUGAGAAGUUAAAAACUCAUACUGAUAUGUUUGUUGUUGAUCAGUGUUUUACUGCUAUGAAAUUGCUGGCUAAUGCUCGACUAAGUUAA